UUGGUCGCAGCAGAAGUUUGAUCCCAAAAAAAAAAGAAAUUCCUACACUACACUACACGAUUGAGGAGUAUUAAAAUAACACACUGGCGGUGCCUCGUACUUGUAUACUCUGUAGUGCGUGAGUGUGCGGGUCUGGACAGGGACAGGAGAGAUUUGCCAGACUCCUGAUUGCGUCACUGGGUUCAGACGAGCAGUCUAGCAGCGGCCAUCUUAUUCCCAGCAAAACUUCAGCACCAGAGGAAAAAGAAAAAAAGAAAAACACUGGAUAUACAUUUUCUCAGCACACAGAAUGCUGGUGUUGUGGACAGCGAUGGAGGAUUGAACUUUAUAACCUGAGAGGGCGCAUUUGCUACGGGUGUUAAACACAAACAGGAAACUGCAGGGUUCUCUGUGUUUAUCAGAGACAGCAGGGGUUGGCCGUGAGCUUGCCCUUUUGUGCGGAUCUCCAGGGAGUCCCUCGACUCCUCCCGGAGGAGACAUGAAUGCCCAGGGAGAAGCUGGCGCAGGGGGGCUGUUGGUACCGAGCCCUCAGAGCGAGGCAGUGACCCAUGAGAUGGAGGAACUGUCACUGCAGCCCAGCCAGAACCUACCACCUCUUAACGAACGCAAGAACGUCCUUCAGUUGCGGCUGCAGCAGCGGCGCACUCGGGAGCAGCUCGUCGACCAGGGCAUCAUGCCACCCCUCAAGAGCCCAGCGGCGUUCCACGAACAGAUCCGCAGUCUGGAGAGAGCCAGGACUGAGAAUUUCCUGAAACAUAAGAUUGGUAGUCGUCCAGAAAGGGCCGAAUUGGUGCGCAUGCACAUUUUACAAGAGACUGUAGCAGAGCCAUCACUUCAGGCUACGCAGCUGAAGCUGAAGAGAGCUCGACUGGCUGAUGAUCUCAAUGAGAAGAUUGCACAGCGGCCUGGCCCCAUGGAGUUGGUGGAGAAAAACAUCCUGCCUGUGGCAUCCAGUGUCAAAGAGGCCAUCAUUGAUGGUCAGAUGCAUUACCCGAAAACACAGGAGUUUGAUGAAGACAGCGGUGACGCAUUCUCUCCAGAGCAGCCAGGCAGUCAGGAGUCACAUGGAUCUGUACCUUCACCUGGGGAAGCAAAGGCCAUGGAAGCCUCCUCACCACUACCAAAUAGUUUAAUACAGCACUGCCCUCCUGUCACACAGAUCACAGGAGAUUUUUUCAAACAUUAUUCCCCCAGCGAGCCGGCAGUCAGCCCUCCUGCUCCACCGCCUCAUCCAGUCACCACACCUCCCUCCAAAUCUGGACUUCCUCUCAUUAAGCAAAGUCAGCCCAAGUCCGCUAGUGACAAGAGUCGCAGUAAGAAAAACAAAGAUGCCAAACCACGAGUGAAAAAGCUAAAAUAUCAUCAGUACAUUCCCCCGGAUCAGAAACAAGAGCCCAGUGAAGUCCCUAUGGAUUCCUCUUAUGCCCGCUUACUGCAGCAGCAGCAGCUCUUUCUCCAGCUGCAGAUCCUCAGUCAGCAACAACAGCAGCACUACAACUACCAGACCAUUCUGCCGGCUCCCCUCAAAUUUCCUUCUCCUGCCUCUCCCCACCUCCGCCCUAACUUCCUGUGCAGGCCUGUGAUUGAGGGGCAGAACAGCAGCACCACUGUUGCCAUUAACAGUGCGCAAAGUCUUCCUGCUUCCAUUGUGGUGUCUCUGCCUCCAGCCGCAGCAAUACGCCCGAAUAGCAACUUGUCGAACCGCAAAGCUGGCACACUGCCAGCCAACCUGGAGGAGAUGAAGGUGGCUGAACUUAAAAUGGAAUUAAAGCUGCGCGGUCUGCCUGUGUCCGGAACCAAAACAGACCUGAUUGAAAGGUUAAGGCCUUACCAGGAGAGCGCCGUGUCCAUUCCCAAUACCAGUCCUAACACACAAAGCUGCAACGCAUCCAUGGAGGUAUCUAGCACCACCAUAUGUCUGUCACCUACUCAGCAGCCCCCUGAGACCCAGAGCGCCACGCCGCCUGUAUCCCCUGCAUUCUCGGACGUGAACAAUAGAGAGGAUGCUAUGGAGGGUCAACCGGAGACCCACUGCCAAAGCAGCGGCGGUAUCGGCCAGGCAGCAGCCGUUCCCGAAGAGCAGGACAGGAGGCUGCAUGAGAAAGAGCGUCAGAUCGAGGAGCUGCUACGAAAGCUGGAACAGGAACAGAGGUUGGUAGAGGAACUGAAGAUGCAGCUGGAGGUGGAGAAGAGGAUCACACAGAAUCCUGUCUCCACAGACAGUAACAAGAGCAUCAAUCAAGCUGCUUCACUAGUUAAAGUAAAGACUGAGAGCCCGGUUAUGCCAAAUUGCACACUGGCUUCGCAUAGCACCCCAUCCGUACUGAAGCUGGAGAAAAAACAAGUUGCCCCAAUGACAGCCACCCCUUUACCCCAGUUCUUCAUCAGUCACCAGGGCGUGUCGCAGGUCAUUGGGCAGCCCCAGGCCCUCCUCACCGCGCAGCACACGGGGACACAGAUCCUGCUGCCGGUCUCUCUACCCAACAACACCACUACAAUCCAGCUCACCAAUUCAAAUGUCAAACUACAGCCAGUCCUCCAAGCAGCUGUCUCCCCUCAAGGCCAAGGACUGAUCCAGACCACUCAGCUGCACUCCACUCUUCCUGCCAAAGCAGAGAGCUCCUCGCCACAGUCUGUCAAUCACAACAACAUAGUGCAGACCCUGCCUAUGUGCAGCUCGGGUAGGGCUACGUUCCAGUUCGGUGCCAGUGAGAAGCAGGCAGGUCUGGAGAUGCCUCGCUGUUUCCUGGGCAGCUCCCCAGACAAUACGCUGUCUGCUCAGACUUCCCCAGUUGCAUCUUCACUCACCAACGGCCCCCUGAAUAAGUCCCCGUCUCAGGUCUCGCCCGCCUUUAUCCUGCCUUCGCCGGGGUUCAGUCACGCCCCUAAGAGUCGAGAGCCACCUCCCUAUGAGGACGCCGUUAAACAGACGCGCAGCCUGCAAGCAGCGGCCAUCACACAGCUUCCGACAGCCACCAGUCAGCAGAUGGAUGAUUUGUUUGAUAUUCUCAUUGAAAGUGGAGAGAUCACUCCUUUCAUUCAGCAGCAGCCUUCGGCGCCUAAGCUGUUGCCAGUCACCGCCAGCAUCACCACUUUACCCGUCAACACUGCCCUGUCGAGGCCGCCUGCUCAGGUGCAGAUGGCGCCGCCGCCGGCGCUGCUGCCCGAGCCCAUGCCGAGCCUGGCUUCUCUGGCUUCAGACAACCAGCUGGAGGCGCUACUGGAGGGCACGCUCGGGGGUGUGGGUGAGCCAGAGCACAGGACUCUGGGGCUUCUAGAAGAGCUGCACAGCCAGUUGCUGGAGCAACCCCACUCCCCCAUGGACACAUCUGAAUUGAGCUUCAGUGAGCCGUCUGCACACUUGUCCUCCUCUUCCUCCUUCAGCCUGCAGGACACAGGCAUGGACAGCAUGGAGUGGUUGGACCUGACCAUGCCCAGGCCCAACGGACCCCUCGACCCUCUCGGGAUCGGCUCCGAUUUCCUCGACACGCACGACCUGCAGCUGCACUGGGACUGAGAGCACUGUACACACUCCUUGUCUCUUGUGAGCGUACACACACACACACACAAAAACACUCCUGUAAUUGGGCUCUUGCAAAACAGAGAGGGAGGGGAUUAGUUUAUUCAUAGCAGUGUGUGCCUGCAUGGGGGUUUGUGCAGGAUUCUGUCUCUCCUCUUUAAUAAGUCACACAUUCACUCAGUAGAGGAUGAGAGGUUUCCCUGCUCUUGUGCUGUAAUGCACUGCAGUUCGUCUCAUUCAUCAUUCAAAUUAAUGUCCUAAUAUGGCGCUACAGGAACAAAGGGCCUUCCAUGAUUCUGAUGCAGGCAAAGUUCUGUUCUCUGUGCCAUCUGAAGAGGGAGCUCAUCUUUAACAGCCCGAUAUCAUUCUUUUCAUAAUCAUGUGCCACUGACUCGGCUGUUCUCUGGACAAUCUAGAAAUACCUUUGUGACCACUUUAGCCUAUUUCAGUCAGGACGGGAUCCUAUUUCAGACAUUUGGACACAUUAGAUAGUAAACACUAGUCAGAUUACUGCACUGACGCAGUUAGUCUUCUGAUCCUCAAGAAAAAGAAAAUGGCUUCAACCAGUUUCUUUUUCUUUUUCCAUUUUUCUUUUUUUGGGCCUAAGUUUACCUGUUUACUAGGCACCCCGUGUACUUAAACUGGGUAAAUCACUGGGUAGAUUCCUAAAGCUACCCUGCCCCGUUUGACAGCGGUUAUUCAGAAAACUUACAUGCUUUGUCAAGUUAUUCCUGUGUGGAAGUAUUUCUUUGUGUGUAUGUACAGGAGGAUGUAUGUGUGUAUGUAUGUGCGUGCAAGGUAGUAGUGUGUCAAUAAGAGCAUAUGUGGAAUGUCGCCUGAUGUGCCAGGCCAGUGCUGUAACAAACCGCAGAGCUUGUACGUACAUAUAGUGAAGACGCAGCUAUAACAUAAAAUGCCAAGCAGGAAGGUGUACAUAUUCGUUCGGGGGAUGGACAGACCCCCGUGCUCUUGUAUCGAGUAUGCAGGUGUCUCUCUUUAGACCAAAUUCAGCUCAUGAAGGUUCUGCUUACUAGCCGAUGUUUAGCAAAUGCUAAACUCUUUAGUGCUGUUGCAUUCUAAGACAGGAGUGUCAAGGAAACAAACUGAUUGAGAGCCAGUAAGACAAUAAGAGCAGAGGGGGUUCAUGUAUCCUUCAUGCAAAACUAUAACUUCUAUAGACUUCUUGUUUUUCUUAUUUACACAGGGUUUGAUCAUGUAGACUCUUUGUGCAUCUUUUAGUGCCUCUGAUUUGCUUCUUUUCAAGUGUCCAGAUGCACCUGAGUCCUGGCUAAGCACUUGGGCUAUUAUUUAAAGCUUCACACUUCCUUUUAACUAUUAGGCGCAAGGUCCAGGUGACUCCAUUUCCUUUUUUAUUAAGCAAUGAGUGUUCAAGAUAUUCCUGCUCCGGAUUUUCCUAGCAUUAUGACGUUGCAUGUUAAACUUUCUUGGCAGCUUAGUGGCAAUUUAAUAGGAGAGAAAAGGAUAUUUUCUGGUUAGUUAAUUUUCUCUGACGUAGUGCUUUCACGCACCCAUUCCUACACAGCUUCACCAUUGACCAUUUAGAGAUCCUUUAAAGGCCCUCCUCUGUUUUGUCUGCACUUUUCGAUGAAGUCUCUUUGUCCUAUCGUCUUUGCCACGUUAUCGUCUUUGUGUGCGCGUGCAUGGGUGUGUAUUUGUGUGCGGGUGCUCAUUGUUGUGUCCGUGUUCCUCUGUCUGUUAAUGUAUUACUGUGCCGCCAUUCUAAUAUCGCUCUGCGCACAGUAAAAAGAGCAAAAAAAACAAACAUGGCAGCCUAAGUAAAAAUAUGUAUGUGAUAAAAGAAAAGAAGAAAUACCUCGGCAGCAUGCAACUACAAGUGAUUCUGUGACCUAUGUGAUUUUAAUCAGCUUAAAAACACUUUCUUUACAAAUCUGCCUUUAGUUCAGUCGCAAAUCGCACUUGCUUCUCAAGCAGUUUGUCGGGUUAAAUCUCUGAGACCAAACGCUAUUUAUUGGGUUGCGUUUAUCUAGAGUGACCUGAGCUGUACAUGAAUGUUCUUCUACAGUACAUCCAGUUUGAUGUUCUCAGCAGCUCUAAAAAAAAAAAAAAAAAAAAGUUGCCUUUUUUUUUUUAACCAUCGUUUUGUUUAAAUCAGUGACUCGAUGUUAACCUCAGUUAGAGGCAAUAACUGACUGCUGGCUCGACAAUGUGUUUGAAGCUAGUAACAGUUUGUUUGGUCCAAAUUUGCUUUAAAUAUGUCAAAAAGACUGUAUGGCACUUUUACCAAUGUGCAGUGAUGAAUGUUUCAUCCUGAUUAAACAAUCAUUUGCAUCAGAGCACCUUCACAGAUACAGAUUUUUUUUUUGGAAGUGUAAUUUUAUCAGCCAUUUUGGUUUUUGCUGUUAGCUUGGAUGCUUUUGAUCAAAGAGUCACAAGCCUAAGGCUCCUGCAUCUUGGCUUCGUACUGUUCACCCCACACACCAACCAAGUUGUGGCCUCUUCAGUAAAUGAUGCCAAACAUGAGUCUCAUCUUAUAGUCUGUACAGUAAUUGCAGACUGUAGAUCUGGGACUGGAUUUAUUUAAGUUGUAAAGUGUUUCAGUGACACGUUUUUAUUGACGGCCUGAUUUUCAGUUCACUAAUGCCUGAUAUGAGGUUAGGAACUGACACUGUAUAAGUAUAAACAUAAUUAAAUAAUUACCAAAGAGGCCAAAUAAAUAAUGCAUAAUGCCAUUGAAUGUUAAGUGGUUUUUUAAAAUCGUUUUAGAAAUGUACUUAGUGAGUCGACUCAAACUGUAAAGUAGACUAACGCUAAAGAAGUUCACUUUAAAAGUUUCUCAGUACAAAACUUGAAGAGGCUAGCGUUCCAGUCAAUUUAACAUUGACAAAAAGAGAGCAAAGCAAUAACUUCAUCCUCUUUAAUUUGAUAUUAGAGUACUGUAACGUAUGCAGUAUGUGGUAAAUCUCAGCACAUUGCCUCGGGCUUAGGAAGUUCUGUUUGCAUUUAUGCUUAGUCUGUUUGAGGAUACUAAAGCUCAGCACAGAUAAUAACAUUUAGCCUCCGGGACUCUGUGCAGAGCACUUGAACUAGGCAGCUGGCCGAUCAACACUUAUUUUGUUUGUUUGUUUGUUUGUUUUGAAAACAUUUUUAAGCAGACCAUUUUUCUCCCUUUUUUAAUCCAGUGGUCUUGUGGAGCCAACCCAUUAUUCAUUGCUUUUUUUAAUUUUAUUUUCGUACAGUUGUUAGUCGUUUUAUUUGACGAUUCGGCUGGUCCCAUUUUCUACUGCUGGACUUUAUUUUCAAAUGUAAUACUUUUUAUCGACAUUGUUAAUGUGUAAAGUAUCAGUGGUGACUACACUGGGUGAUAAACCUGAUGACUACCACUUCUCUACAUCCUCCUAACGGAGGAGCACUCAUCAUUUGUAUGCCAUAUGUUUUGCACAUUGUGUACAUAUCUGAAUGGAUGUAAUACAUAUUUUUAUACAUGUUUAACGCAUCCAUGAACUCUAUUUUGUGAAUAGUUUUAAAAGAUACGAGUAUACAUACGCUGUUAUGUGUCAGUUCACUUUGCUGUAUUGUGAACAUACUGUUGUAGAGAAUGUUUCAGAAUCUCCUAAAUAUACCAGAGGAAUGAA